UUGUCUUAGCCCCCUUUUGUCUCACUACUGCUCUUUUUUUUUUUUCCUCUCAUUCUUGUUUCACAAAACUUGUCUUUUCUUCUUUUCUGAUUCAAACACAUAAACUAGGAAUCACCAAAAUCACUAUAUAUAUAUAUUACAUAUUACAUAUUACCCUUUAUCCAAUAAACAGUAAAAGUGGGAAUUAUGAAAGAUAAAAGACUGAUCUUUUUCAAGAUUUGUACAAAGAUUUGAUAUAUUUCUUCUUCUUUUUUUUGAGUAACAAGAAUCAUCAUGGCUGGAAGUAAUGAAAUUAAUGCUAAUGAAUCUAAGAGGGUGGUUCCGCUUAAUACAUGGAUCCUUAUAUCCAAUUUCAAGCUUUCAUACAACAUGCUUCGUCGGCCUGAUGGCACGUUUGAUCGUGAUUUAGCUGAGUUCCUAGACCGGAAGGUCCCUACAAACUCGAUUCCUGUCGAUGGGGUAUAUUCUUUUGAUGUGGUAUUUGAUCGGGUGACGAGCCUUCUUAAUCGAGUCUAUCGAUCUGCUCCUGAGAACGAGGCUGAUUGGGGGAAAAUAGAGCUCGAGAAGCCUUUGAGCACCACCGAAAUUGUUCCUGUUAUAAUUUAUUUCCACGGCGGAAGUUUUACUCAUUCCUCGGCCAAUAGUGCUAUUUACGAUACUUUUUGCCGUCGCCUUGUUAAGAUUUGUAAGGCUGUUGUUGUUUCUGUGAACUAUCGGCGAUCGCCAGAACAUCGGUAUCCGUGUGCAUACGAUGACGGAUGGGCUGCUCUAAAAUGGGUAAAAUCAAGGUCAUGGCUUCAAAGUGGGAAGGACUCGAAAGUUCACGUCUACUUGGCUGGUGACAGUUCAGGUGGUAAUAUUGCUCACCACGUUGCGGUAAAGGCUGCUGAAGCAGAUGUCGAAGUAUUAGGUAAUAUCCAUCUUCAUCCGAUGUUCGGUGGGCAAAAGAGGACGGAAUCUGAGAAGAGAUUGGAUGGGAAAUACUUUGUAACGGUUCAAGACAGGGAUUGGUAUUGGAGGGCGUAUUUACCGGAAGGGGAAGAUAGAGAUCAUCCGGCGUGUAAUAUAUUUGGCCCUAGGAGUAGAAGCCUCGAAGGGGUAAAGUUUCCGAAGAGCUUAGUCGUUGUGGCUGGUUUGGAUCUUAGUCAAGAUUGGCAAUUGGCAUAUGUCGAUGGUUUGAAGAAAUCGGGGCAAGAGGUAAAGCUUUUGUAUUUAAAGCAAGCAACAAUCGGUUUCUACUUCUUGCCUAACAACGAUCAUUUUCCGUGUCUCAUGGAGGAGAUAACGAGCUUCAUCCAUUCUAACUGUUCAUAGAUUUUAGUUAACUUCAGUUAUACAUAACAGAAGCUUUGACAUGUCACUCGGGUUUUUCUUUUCGUUCUCUGUAGUGAAUAGAAUGGUGUGUAGUUAUAUGAUGUAGAAUUACUUCACUCUUACUCGUCAACUUUUUCCUUGUGGUAAUACGAGUGAUCUUCUUCUCGAUAUAAAGCCGAUUUAACGUGUUUUCUGAGGAAGUUAGCUCUCUUGGUGCCUGAAAUUGUAACUUCUGGAAUUGCAAUUUUUGGAACAUGAUGUUGUAAACUUACUUUGUAUGUUGUGUUUGAGAAAUAUAUAUGUAAAGAUUUUGUUUGAUCA